AUGGCUCGCGACAAUAUCCUCUUGUCGUACAUUGUCAUGGACCUCUUGUUCGUGAUAUCCGGAGGGCUUCUAAUUGGUUUUGCCCUGAUAACGGAGACCGAGGCAAAGUCAGUGCCUACAAUCAAUACUAUCGCGAGAGAUUUGCUCUUGAACCGAUGUCCAUUAAAUGCUGCCGUUGGAAAUGCCGUAAUGGUCUUCGUCACCUUCCUGAUCUCCGUUCCUGCGAUGGUCAUGCCGACGACCAGAGGAUGGCUGAAGUUUCACGGGUUCAUGACUGCUGUCUGUGCGCUCUUUACUAUGAUUAUUGGGCUUGAUAUCUGGUUCGAUACUCUGAAGACGAGGAAAAAUCUCUCGCUCGUGUGGGACCAGCAGCCUGUUAGUUCGCAGAGUUUGCUUCAGCAGAAGCUCGACUGUUGCGGUUACGCUAACAGCACUUCUCCCCCCUUUGCCGUCGACACGACAUGUCCCAACGCACUGGUUGCUGCUGCUCGCGUUGGGUGCGUGGGUCCGUUCUCAAGGUAUGCCAAUAACUUCUUGGAUCUGGUCUUCACGGGUGCAUUUGGUAUCGUGGGUAUCGAUGUCGCUCUUGUCCUCUCCACAACCAUGUUACUCAAGAGCCGAAAGGAGAAGGAGAGGUACCGUCAUAUCGAUGAGAAGAAUGGUGCAGGUGCACUCUAG